UUUCUAGAAAGCUAAUGAAAUGUUGAGAUAUCGCUGAGCGGCCCGAUGGUCUGGCGUGGAGUUAUCCUAUAGCUGCUUUAUAGAGGAGGACAAAAUGCGGUUUAUUCUGAGCGAGCGGACGGAGAGGAGAACUGCGUUUCGGCCUGUUGUUUAUUUCCUCGGGAUUCACCCGAAUAUUCAGGAGCCCCCGGCCCAGGAGACCAUUACCAACUUCUGUUGGAGCGCCUUCCUUACUGGAUGAUGACGUCAUAUUCAGACUCCUACAUUAAUAUGAUAAAUACAGUUCUCAAAAUGAGUCUUUACCUCACGUUUGGCUCAUACUCGAGAAACUUUACACUUCCGGUGAUCGGCUGGCACAAGGGAACUGCCUUCCAGAUGGACAACCUUGGACACCUCUGGGUGCCGGGCAUCCAUACCCAGCUGGACACAGAUAUGGUUUUGCUCACAACGGCUGCCACAAUAACGCAGUCGUUGGUUUCUCUGGCCAAAAAUAUAAUGCGCAAGAGAGCAUGGCUCUGGAAGCUGAGUGCAUGGAUGACCAAUUUAUACAGAAGAGCGCUGUGGUGGUGUUGGCGUGUUCCAGAUUCUUUAUUGGUGGCUAGACGUGUUUUCACUGACAACUAUUCACAGUCCCAACUACUGCGUCAUAAAGAUGUAAACAUGAAUUCCACGACGUAUAUAAAAUACGACUCAGAGUGUGUGAUGGAGCUGAUUGACGUGCCAAGCGAGUGCUCUGAGGAGCCGCAGGAUAUGGACCUCCUGGUAGCUGAGGAUGACUUUAUGGACCAGACUGUGAACAAAGAGCCUGUGCUGACAUCCUGCACAAACACUUUAAUUCUCUCCAUGAUCUGCUUACCAUCAGAAGAGGAAGAUUGUACAAGCAUGUCUGAAUUUAUGUCGGAUCAGCCAAGUACAUCAGAAGAUGAGGAUAUGUCAACUAAGAAUGAGGAACAUUCUAACACUGAAGAUGGGUCAGUGGACAGUGGUGUGCGGGAAUUGUUGACCCCUGGGGCCAGAGAUGAAAUGGACAGUGACGAGGAAAGCAACUGGUCUGAAGACUCUUGGGACACAGAAGACAAUCUAGACUGGGACACAGAAGGAUCUGAGUUAUGGGCCUCCUUCUGUAAAAAUGAUGACCCAUACAAUCCUCUAUCCUUUUCCAUGCCAAUCGAAAGUUCUACAGUGGCUAAAGCAACCGAUGACAGUGUUUACGAGGGUCCUGAAGGUGAUUGGAAGGAAAAGAAUGGAGACCACUCUAAAUCGCAGGAAGGAGCACAUGGUGAUACCAAGAAUGAUACCAAGAGUGACGAAUCGCCCCAAAAAAGUGGCAAAGUUCAGAAAGUUCGGUUCUCUCCCGUUGUCUCCGUCCACCGCAUGAUCACCUGGGAUUAUGCCUACAGAGCGGCCCGCAAAGGCCCCUGGGAGGAAUACGCACGGGAUCGCUGCCGCUUCAAGAAGCGCAUUACCGAGGCGCAGGCCGCCUUCGGCUUCUGCCUGGAACCGCAGCACAGAGAGAAGAUGUGGGCUCGUCUCUGUGAACUGGCGCCUGAUUAUUAUGAAGACGAGACUCUCCGCUGAAUGUUUGAUUCCUUGGCCCGGGGCUCUGGGCAGUUUUGCAGUUGUUUGAGAAAAUGUUUAAAUAAGAUUCAGUAUCGGACUGAUGAGGCUAGGCAGGUGUCUGAUUACUAGGCAGUCUUUCCUCUUAAAAGUAUUUAUUUCCUAAUCCCUUAUUUAUUGAAGACGCUUUUUGUUUACAUCAUUGCUUUUGCUACACAAGAGCCUUUAUUUUUUUACCUUAAUACGUUUUAUGUUAAAUUAUCAGUCUGUAUUGAUCAUAAUUCUGGAACAUUUGAAGACGGAAACCACUAUGUAGACACACGGACUCUAGCACUGAAAGGUCCUCAAACAUUAAACCACGUUUAUUUAGAUGAGGAGGUUCUAGGUUCCCUACUCAACGACCAUCCAAGCUUCUAGAUUUAAGAGAAUGUAUGGUGUCUGAAACCGUAACUAGACUUAUUUUAGAAAUGCAAUAAAACCUGCCCAUUCCUGGGGCAGAAAUAGCCUGUUAAACAUACUGUGUGUUUUAUUUGAAUUGCUUUUUAUUCUGUAUUAAAAAAAAUGUACAUAAAA